AUGAUAAACGACAGCAGUCAAAGCAAGCAAACUCCGCCAGCAACCCACGCUGGGAGUGACCUUACAACGCCAACAAAACCUCCAGAGACGGCUUCCGUGCGGCAGCCCGAAUCCCAACCUCCCGAAGCUCCAGCUUUCAACCUCACAGCCCGCGACCGCCAGCAACUCGAAGCAGACGACAGCACCUUUACCCCUCACGGCUGGUCUUCCCUCGCCUCCAUCAUCUCCGAGAACCGGCUUGAAGACCUCCUGCGCUACCCCAGCGACCUGCGGCGCUACCUCUCCUGGUCCGCCUCCACCCGCGUCGCCUACGGCAGCACCACGGCCUUCCUCCUACAAGAGCGCCUGCGCUGGAUCCUCCUGCCCUCUGUCGACCCCGAAGCGGGCCCGCAAUUCGAGUUUAUGAACGAGAUUCCCUUCGCCGACGCCCGCGACUACAAGAUCCUGCGGAACGACUGGCCCUACGGACUGGAGGAUGGGAUCGUGCAUCUGGUCGUGUGGCUCAAGACGCCGAUUCCGACAACGCCGGAUACGGGGGACCUGACGCGCCGGAGUCGGGAAAUGGUGGAGGAGUUUGUGACGAGGGUGUUUCGGAAGGGGGCUGGGGAGGAGGACGGGGAGAUGGGGAGUAAGGUGCUGUGGUUCAAGAAUCCGACGGGGCUGCAGAGUGUUAGGGGGAUUGAUCACGUGCAUGUGCUUGUGAGGGGGGUGAGUGAGGAGGUGGUUGAGGGGUGGGUGAGGGAGAACGGGAGGAAGCGGAGUGGAGAGCUGUGUGUUGAUUUGCGUAAAGGAGGACGUACUAGUAGGUAG